AUGAUUCAAACGGAGUAUGAUAACUUGAUUCUUUCGGGAGAACCGGAACCGGUUAAUAUUGCCGAAGGAUGUGGUUCGUUAGGAAUGUUCUUGAUGAAACGUUUGUUCCGCCAUGGUGAUAAUGUGGCAGUGAUCGAUGGUGUGUACUCGAGCGAGCUCCGGUAUAUGGAAUUGCUGGAAACCGGUGUUCGGUUAGCCGAUGGUCUUCGAAAACAGGCGAAUUUACGAAAAGGCGAUGUAGUGGCAAUCAUCAGUGAAAAUAGGCUCGAAUUUCCUGCAGCUCUGUACGCAUCAUUUUUCGCAAAUGCCGCUGUUGCGCCCAUCAAUUUGACGUACACCGAGCGUGAAUUCGACCAUGCACUUAAUUUGUCGAAGCCGAGAAUAUUGUUCUUGUCGCCUUAUUCUGCGGAACGGGUGAUUAAAGUUGCACGCAAAAAUCGGCAUUUCAUCAAACAUAUUUUCCUGUUUGGCGAAGAGAACCCGUUUGGGUCGGACGUAACUCUUUACGAUGAAUUCCUCUCGCGGACAAAUGCCAUCAAUCCGUACUCUUUCCAGAUCGAACCAACCAAUAUCGAAGAACAUGUAGCCCUGAUCAUGUGUUCUUCCGGUACGACCGGUUUACCAAAAGGUGUGCAGCUAACACAGCGAAACGUGAUGGCCAGCAUUUCGUUGCUUGCCAUGAUGGAGGCUUCGAUCGAAGGACCCGUCGUUGUCCUGAGUGUCAUACCGUGGUUCCAUGCGUUUGGAUGUCUCACGUUAAUCAAUGUCAUUAGCAACAAGCUGAAGUUGGUAUUUCUACCCAAAUUUGAGGAAGGAUUGUUUUUAAGCUGCAUUGAAAAUUAUCGCUGUUCCUUUGUGUUCGUUGUUCCCCCAUUGAUGGUGUUUUUGGCCAAACAUCCAUUGGUGGAUAAUUAUGAUCUCAGUAGCAUCGAUACGCUACUCUGCGGGGCUGCUCCACUGAGCAAAGAAACGGAAGUUUUGGUGAAGAAACGUAUUGGGGUAAAGCAUGUUCUACAGGGUUACGGGAUGAGUGAAACUACGUUGGCCAUGUUGGUACAGUCGAAUGAUUCGAAAAAAUCGGGUAGUGUCGGGAAACUGCAGGUCGGUACAAUGGCGAAAGUAGUCGACAUAUCAUCGGGUAAAUUGCUAGGCCCCAACGAACCGGGUGAACUGUACUUCAAGGGUUCACAGAUUAUGAAAGGAUACAUCGGAAAUGAACAGGAAACUAAGCAAACAAUAGACAAGAACGGUUGGCUUCGUACCGGGGAUAUUGGUUACUACGAUGAAGACGGAGAAUUUUUCAUCAUUGAUCGGUUAAAGGAGCUCAUCAAGUACAAGGGAUUUCAAGUACCACCUGCCGAAAUCGAAGCUAUUUUGUUGACAAAUUCAAAAAUUAAAGAUGCAGGUGUCGUUGGGCUUCCGGAUGAACAAGCCGGGGAGUUACCGUUGGCCUUUGUGGUAAAACAAACCGCAGUAGAUCUUACGGAAGACGAAGUGCAACAAUACGUGGCUGUUCGUGCAUCACCGGCAAAACGUUUGCAUGGUGGAGUACGUUUUGUUUCGGAAAUACCGAAGAAUGUGAGUGGAAAAAUUUUAAGACGUGAACUUCGCGCUAUGUUACAACGACCUCUAGCGAAGCUGUAA